GCGGGUUGCACCGGGAUUCCAGGAAGAUCAAGAAACAUGCCCUGGCCGUGACCAGAUUGGCAGAACUCCAGGAAUCAGCAGCCGACAGAAUUUCAUUUCUUCGCCGGCCCGCGGGAGAUGAGCCUUUCCCGUCCUUCGAGUUACUCGCACACAGAGCACCGAUAUGGAACACGUUUCUGCAAUACGGGUCAAUUGGCAAGGCCUUCGAGGCAGUUGUCUCGGUGAAGAUCGCAGACGCGCUUCAGAGGUCCAGCCCAGGCCCGUGGUUCCGCAUUCCGUGUUUGCACAUGAUGGGCGCCCUUGCGAAUUCGAUCCCGACCGCCAAGGUAGACCCCCAGGCCUUGCUGCAGCGGGUCGACGACUUGGCCAGUGGCAUAGAGAGCCUGAGGAGCGACGGCGCUAUCAUCAGCAAGGUCGCCGAAAACGCUACAGGGACGACAUGUUCCUCAUCUUCGUGUCCAACAGGGAGUGCUGCAGGAGCCUUCAGCAUGAUGUCCACCGGGUCGCUCAAAGCGCCUUUUGCGCCCUCAACUUGGAAUGCAAACCGGCACCCAGGGGCAGCUUGCCGUUCGACUCCACCUGAGGAGUUCUGUGUGAGUGCAUCACCUGCGGCCGACUGCUCCCGCUGGGGUAGCCCAAUCUGGGAGGGGG